AUGGGGAUCACCCCACGGACCCCGAACAGAACUUGGAAAGAUAAAAAACCUUAUAGCCGUCCGGACACAGGCUCCAACGCCAGCAAAACAACGAAGCAGCCUGCAAAAGGCUCAGCCGCACGCGGUAGUCGAGCGGCUAAGCCGGCCUUGGAGCUAGGACGCAACCCCAAUUCGGAGCCCGCGACAUCGUCGCUUAUCCCAGCGGUUCUACCUACUGCUCCGACACCCCAAACUGCACUCCAAGAGACGCCACUGCUUGUCUCACAGCAAGCACCUCACCGGGGGCUUCAGGCCGGUCCACGGGCUGAGCCUCAAGUCUUUCGGUCUAGAGAAUCUCUGCCUACUGAUAGCCAAUACAGCUUACCAAUCUUUGACACAUCUCGGCAUUACCAACCACCCAUCCCGAGAUAUACUCAGAGUUACCCUACCCAAGGUCCAGCAAGUGAACAGUAUGGCGACCAUCGUGACUAUUUGCCAUCGGAACAACUACAAAGCCUCCUGCAGGCAGGCAGUCCACGUUCCCACAGUUUUACACAACAUGAUCAGACGGAGCCUGAGAGCACUCUGGCUCAGCCCAUUCCCAUGCGCCCAGCGCAAGACUUCGUAGACAUUCAAAGCCUAGACACACUUUGUAAGGUCAAUGAUGAGAUCAUAUGGGAAAAUCAACCCCUCAUGCCACCAGUAGAGCAUUUAGGACCAGACUUGAAGGGGUUCAUGUGGCCAACACAGAACCACAACAAAAACAACAUGGUCGACCCCGGAUUGAUUACUAAUGGCAGCGUGCCUGUAAUAUCCGGUCAAGUCGCAGGGGAUAUAGACAACGGCGCACCAGGUAGUAGUCCAUCAGGGACCUCUCUCAUGCCUUUCUUUCCAGACCUCGUUGAGCAGACACCUCAGGCCUCUGGUAGCCAGAACGAUUCAUUCCCCCAUGAUUCCUAUGGUGACACCUCUAUGGAAUCGCAUGGCAUGAACAUGAACCGGGAACCCCCCGCAGCACCUCGGUACGAGUCUAAUGUUAUUAUCACCAGCGAUGGUUUCAAUGUCUUCGAACCCACCUUGCUAACGAAAUUAGCGAAUGAAUGCGCUAAGAGCGCAUUCGAGAAUUGUCCGCAAGCGAUUGCGAUCUCGCAUCAGCUGCUCAUGGCUGAUCGCCUUUUUUACGGAGGUAUCUGGGCAGGUUCGUUCAUAAUCAAUGGGAACGUUCUUGUUGAAUACCACCGGCCAGCGCCAGCACUUCCCGAUACGAGCGAGCACAAGCGCAGGGAUCGACGCGGGGCAAUUCUCAGCUGCAAGGGGUUCUUUGAUGAGACUGGGUGGUGUGGUGAUACGGGGGAAGUCAUUUCCAUUGAGUUUACCGAUCCUUCUACCGGGGGUCAGAAGGAGAGGAGAUGUAGGGUAUUUGCACCUGUAGAGGAGAUGGAAACACGUCCGGCAAGGGUGGUCCACGUGUUCAACCUCCGGGAAUAUUUUUACAAUCGAUCUCUUUCCUCACACGUAAAUACAUAUGCCUGGCUCGUUGCUCCUGAUAGGGUUGACUAUUCCAUGGAGGCGAUUUACGACAAUCUCACCUUGCUCGGGGCGGCGCAGAACAUUGGGCUGCAGCCCAUUAAUCAACAGCCCUCGCCUCAACGUAGUAUUCAACCCGUCGAAGCCCCUCAGCACGCCGCAGCUGAGAACCCGGCCCCGGUUCAAGUACAGGAUGACGAGCCCAAGCCCCAACUCAGACCUGACAUGCCAGAUGAAGAGCAAGAUCUGUCCGACGAAGAGCAAGAUUUUUCAGAUGAAGAGCAAGAUCUGCCAUCACCGGCUACAUUUGCUGAAUGGUGCCAAUGUUGGCCGCUUCCGGAGUGGCCUCUUGGCGAGAUCACGACUUGUGAUGAUUCAUCUCCUUCUCUUGACGUCCCCCUUCUAUAUCAGUCUUUGAUCUUCGAUAUGGUAGACGCGCUAGUGGACAGAUCUUCUCUUGCCACCAUCUAUCUAACGACCAAUGCCGCUGAUGUCUGCUUUGACCCUGAGUGUAAUUGCCCUGCUCAAUUCUUUUCUCACACCCGUUCUCUAUUCGACGCAGAAAAGAGCAUUGAACCGGCCGAUUCCCUCAGCAGCAGUAGCUCUUCUAGAGAUGGGCAAGCCGCUCAAACCGAUACUCAUAGCGGUUACCUGCCCGAGUUCGACUAUUGGGUUACAGAGAAUCCGAUUAGCCACUGCCAAGAGGAGCCGGCUGACUAUGAACUCUUCGAGCAAUUAGGGUUAGAUCUGCCUGAGGAGUGGAAUGACAUUGAUUACGAUAGCAUGUAUCAGGAGUGUAAUCUCGAUUUCGACGGAGAUUUUCUUAUGCCCUACGAAUAGGGGCAAUAGUUGAUGCUCCUCCGAAAG